AUGAACAAUUCAAUUGUGGGUAUUAUUGUGACCUUCGGUUGCUUGACUGUUGUAUUAGGUCAUGUACAACUGCUGGAUCAGCUGAACUACUUUGCUAGUCAAAGUCAAUAUGCUGCUCAAGUAUAUUCAAAACUACAAGUACCCUUUUCAUUGGAAAGUAUUAUGGCCAGUAGUUUGGAGACUGCAAUGGAAACUUGCCAAAAUAGUUUUAAGUGGGAACGUUGGAAUUGCCCUAGCUCGGAUUUCUUUCUAAGACGAACAUCGAAAUCUUUAUCAUUGGAUCGUGAAGACUCAUAUGUCAAUGCCAUAACUACAGCUGCCGUCUUGUACUCCAUCACCAAAAAUUGCUCCAGUGGCAUUAUUGCUGGAUGUGGAAGUUGUUCCGAUAGUCCCUAUAGCUCCCAAUGUUCGGACAAUCCAAAGGCAGCCGAGCAAAUGCUUAAAAAACAUGCCAAUAUAGCAUUUAUGGACGAUUUUUAUGAUAAAAUAUCGAAACACAACUUCAAGGCCGUCACCAACUUGCUGGAGAAAUCACUGGUCAAACAAUGCGGUUGUGCAGUUUUGGGUUCCAAUGGUUUAUGUGCAAAAGAAGUUUGCCUCCAUGUACUUAAACCAUUUGAAGAUAUCGCGGCCGAUAUACGUCAGAUGUACGAAGAAGGACUCCAACUUAACAAUACUCCCGAAAACUCACGUAUUAUGUGGGACAAUAUUCCUUUGGACGCUUUAGUUUAUAUGAAAGAUUCGCCAAACUACUGCGAACCCGAUGCUGUGCCACACUGGAAUGGCAUGCGCGGUCGUCAAUGCUCUACCGGCUCAAAUGGUGAAAAUCUAUCGGAAGAAGAACGUACACGUUGCCGCUAUCUUUGCCGUGAAUGUGGUUAUACGGUGCAUCCCAAAAAUAUCGUCACCGAAAGUCGCUGUAACUGUAAAUUUACAUGGGGCUUUCAAGUUCAAUGCGAAAUGUGUGUAACAGUUCAAAGACAAUAUUACUGCUAUUAA